AUGGGAAGAAUACUUGAAGUUAAAGCCCUUGUAAAUACGCUACUCGGGGAGUACAGUGAAUUUGAUGAUGUAUUAAUUGAUUUGAAAUUGGAUCCGACUGCCCUCGAAUUAAGAACUCCUCAUUUCAUCAUUGAAGAUAAUGAUAAGGAAAAAAGGAGAAGAGAAAUCUUGUUGGAUGUUUUGAGAAAAAGACCAAACUCAAAUGGUGAUUAUAGAAGUGAGCCAGUUAUCGAUACAAAGAAAUCUCAACCAGCCAUGACUAUAAAUCAAGCCAUCCUCAUCAUCCAAACCAAUGAAAGAGCAAGACAGGGAAGAAAGUUGGCAAGAAGCAAGUAUGACCAAAAACUCUCAGAAGAAAGAAAACAACAUCAAAAAAAGGAAGAAUCUGAAUCUUUGAUAGAUGAAGCUGCCGUCAAAAUUCAAAAAGUUUUUCGUGGUUAUUAUUGGAGAAAGAGAGUUGCUAGGGAAAAGCAAGAGGAAGCAAAAUUUAUUGGAAUGUCAACUGAGGAACCAAAACAAACAAAAAAGAAAGCUAAGGAUGUUUCAGUUGAGGACUCUUCACCAACCAUUGAAUAUGAAGAAACCCGAGAAGUUAAAAUUGUAAAUGCUGAAAAUUUGGGAAGGGCCAAGAGAAAAAUCAAACAAGCAGACAAUAAGAGAGAAUUGGAGGAACAAAGAGUUAGAUUGAGAGCUAAAAUUCUUGAAGAUGAAGGUCCUCAUAUGAUGGAAGAGAUGCAUGAUGCUUUAAUGGAACAAAUCCUAUUGUACAGACAAGAAGGUGAUGGAGGAAUACCAAGUUUUCCUUCUGAGGCUGAAGGAGGUUCUAAAGCUUUCAUGCAAAACAUUAUGAAUGCCACUGAGGAACAAAAGAAACUUCUCCAAGAACAAAAGCAGCAAGCCAAUCAACCAAAACCAAAAGGAAAUCAAAAAGCUCCUCCAAAACCAAAGCCAAAACCACCAACAAAAGGAAAAGAGGGACCUGUUGAAGAGGAACCAAAAUUUAAGGACGAAUCGAAGUUUAUUGCCAAUAUUGCAAAUAUUUUGAAAUCAUUUGUGGAAAAGUGGAGAGAUAGAUAUUCAUCACUCGAUUUUGAUCAAAAAUAUGAUCCUUUACUUUUGAGAAAAGAGUUGAUGGAGGGUGAUUCUGGUAUUGAGGAGGAAAUAAGAAAAAAGGUUGACAAACAAAUUCGUGAAGAAUUGGAAAAUAUCAGAAUGCAAUUGGAAAGUGAAAACCCUCCAAAGAGGGAAACUAAGCCUGGAAAACCUCAACCAACGAAACCUGAAAAAGAACCUGUUAAGGUGCCAAACUCUGAAGCCUUCUUCUCUGAGCUUGCUUCUCUAGGCAUUAUUAAUAAGGUUCCACCUAAAAAGCUCGAUUCUUACAUUGGAGAAAAUAGAUUGAUAGGUUCUAUUCUUGAGUGGGAAGAACCUUCUAUUUUCCAAAUACGAAACUUUUGCAAGGAAAUUGUCUUGUACAUGUCUACUCCAAAUGUUCACAAGUUAGCACCACUUUUAAGAUCGGUCAUGUUCUAUGGACAUAAGGGAACAGGCAAGACAAGCUUGGUACACUCAAUCGCUCACGAGUUGGGAGCUUUAUUCUUUGAUUUGUCACCUGCAAUUACACAAAACAUUAAUACCGAACAGAGCGAGACCACUACAAUGAUUGCAAAAAUAUUCCGUGUUGCCAAGGAAAUGCAACCUGCCAUUAUCUAUAUCGAUGAUUUUGACACAGUGAUUAAGGGAAAGGGUAAGGGUAAAACUAAACCAAACAUGAAGAGAUUCAGAAAGCCACUCGUCACUCAAAUGAAGGCACUGGCUCCUGAGGACAGAAUUCUUAUUGUUGGAUCUAUGGAUGAACCUUGGGAUGCUGAUCCAGCCCUUUUCGAUGAAUUCUUUGAUAAGAUGGUCUAUACAACCUUACCAGAUUAUGCAUCAUACAGAAUGAUUUGGAAAGCAUUUAUCGAGGAGAGAAUUGGUAAACCAUUGAGGGAAGAUUUUGAUUUGCACACUCUUGCACAUAUUGCAACCAACUAUACAGUUUCCAAUAUCAAACUUAUUUGCGAUUCUGUAUUGAAUGAAAGAAGGCUUAAAAAAAUCAUUGAACGCCCUAUAGAGUUGGAGGAAUUCAUUUCACCACUUUCCAAAAUUGAUCCAAUUUACAAACAAGAUGACUUGAAGAUGAAACAAUUCACUCAAAAACUUCCACUCAAAUACAGGAAGAAGACCAAGGAAGACAAGGAUAAGGAGAAACAAGAACUUGAGGCAAAACUUGCUGAAAGCAAACCAACAAACAACAGAAGAAGAUAA